AUGUUUACUUUAUCAAGAGAAAAAUUUGAAAUUACAUACACCAGCAAAUUGAUAUCGAUUCCCACAUGCACUUGCAUAAUAGUAUACUUUGGUAUCAUAGUGAUCCCAUUUGUACUAGUUUUUGCUUCUGAAAGUAUUCAACUGACUAAUAAGACUUCUGGAUCAUGGUAUCCACAUUGGAGGAAUAAUUAGACAUUGAAUAUGAGGGAUUUCAUUUUGUAAAUGUCGUCACAUCAGAUGAUUUAGUGUACCAUUUCACAAAUCAAAAAUAUCAGAAGAUCGACGGUUCAGAAUAAUUGUUAUCAUAUUAAUAUCUGACUUUGCAAGGAUCAAAAAUAUCAGUAAAUAAUGAUUAAUAAUUGAAUAGUCGUUGAUGGAUGACACAAAUGCGGACAAUGUUCCUGAAAUGCUUAAUUUUGAUUUCUAGUUAUUCACAGAUGCAGAUAAGAUCAAAUAGGUUACAAUAUUAUUGCCUUUGAAAUGUUACUUUGCGAGUUUGCAUUUCAAAUUUGAUUGUUAUUUGUACUUCCAAGAGUCUGAAAUAAUCAGUGGUCAAGGGUUAUCGUAAUUGUAAAUAGCGGGAGAAGUACAAUUCUAUCAAUAGGAACCUCUACCGUCAAGGUAUUCAAUCCAACUUAUAUUAUGAUAGCAACUUUGAUAUUGAUUAUUAUUCGGAUAUCAUAGUUGAUGAUAAUCUGAGUAAUCAAUGGAUGAGUGAAAUGCUUUCAUAGAUUUAUACUAGAACAUAUUCAAUUCGACCGAGGUAUAUCAGUAGAAAGAUUGGAGGGAACUCUGAGAAGCAAUUGAGAGUUAGUAUAAAAUUGGACAAUAUUAAAAUGCAAUUGAUUCAGAGAUGGGUGAGUUUGCUUGCAAUAAUGAAAUUGGCAUGGCUGCAAUAUUUUUCAGUGUUCAUAAUAAUUUGGAUUAUUGGGAGAGAGUUUUUGAUCUUCCUAUUCAGAUUUAGGAUAGUUGACACUUGCAAAGUGGAAUAAUUAUGA